UUCACUUUCAUAAACUGGUUGUGUAUUUCUGGAAUUCAGGGCGGGUCCCACUGUACAGACAGGGACGCUGCGCAUAUAACCACUUUUCUCUGUUUCAUAUCUAAGGGGCUUCCUCUGACACCUCUAGAGAAGGAAUCCAAUACUGUCCUGCUGGGCUAGCAAUAUUCUGAGGACUGUUACGAACCCUAGGAUUCUUAGCUGAAAUCAUUUUGCAGUCACUGUCUUUGUCUUGCAGUCCCUGCUGGAAGAUGAGGUUUUUGCAGCUAUGUCUGCUAUUGCUUCUGAGCUACAUUCACAAGGGAACUGCGCUUACAUGUUCGGACAGGAAAUACCUGAAAGAUGGGGAAUGUUGCAGUCUGUGUAGUCCAGGAAAAAGAAUGUCCCAGGAGUGUGAUACAGACUCAGAAACAGUUUGUGAAAACUGCAGAAAUGGAGAGUUCCAAGACAAAUGGAACAGAGAGAGCACUUGCCACCAACAUGCCUACUGUGACCCAAAUGCUGGGAAGGAGCAAGUGACUGAGGGCACUACUGAAAGGAAUGUUGAAUGUCAGUGUCAGAAUGGGAGACAUUGUUCUGGCCCAACAUGUGAGAUUUGUCUACAGAAUACACCUUGUAGCCCUGGAUAUGGAGUCACACAAAAAGCAACAAACACUUCUGACACUCAAUGUUCUCCAUGUGCAGAGGGGUCGUUCUCUAAUACCACAUCUUACAAAGAUCCAUGUAUUAUAUGGAAAAGUUGUGAGAAUGAAGAGGAAGAACUAUUACCUGGAAACAGCACCAGAGACAAAGUUUGUAGGAUGAAGUCACACAGGAACCACAUUUUGAUUAUUGUAGGCAUUCUGAUAUUUGUUACCAGUCUGAUAAUAGCUGCAACGUACCUUCUUAGAAACAAAUGCAGGAUUUUCCAGACGAAAAAAGAAAAGCAACAGGUACCACAAAUGAAUGGCCAUAAGCUAGUUCCCACAGAGGACAAUGAUCCUGAGGCUGGCCCUAUAGAAGAUUGCUACCCUUUGGCAGAUACCAGCGCACAAGGACAUCCCGUGGCUCAGGAAGUGGGAAAGGACAGCCACAUGUCACAGGAAGAACGAUAGCAAUUGUUGUAUGAAACUUUUAUGUGAAUUGACUCUCCAGGAUCUGCAGCGUACCAUGGCUGAAUGUUGUACCUGAUAUGUUGGGUGUUUUAUUGCAAUGAGCCAAGGGUGGCAGCUUUCCACAUGCCUCAGUUUGUAGGUUGCUGCCGUUCACAUUUUAGUUUAAUAAUAUAUUAAUCAAGGCCUAAUUCAAGACACCAGAAUAUGACUAAUGACUCACCUGGAUGUUUGGCCUUGUAUAAUGAGAAUGAUAGAAGUUCAUAAGUCCAUAUUCCGUUCAUUUCAGUGCCUCAUUUUAACUGCAAAAAUAUCAGUUGUGUUAAUAAUAUUUCAGAAGCGGAAAGAGACCAUUCUGCCAGAUAUAUACAGAGAGCAGUCGUUAGAUGUCUUUAGCCCACUUCUUAAAGCAGUACACGAAUAACUGGCUAAGUAGUGGUUGCGAUCAAUAAGAAGACAAUAGCAUGAUUCAUGGCUGGCUGCAUUAUACAAGAACCUAUGCUCCCUUUUAAAUAUUCAAAAGCUAUAGCAGCCUAGUCCUGAUUCAGAAUCCUUAUGAGAUUGGUGGAUGUUAGAGUUAAAAACUACCGUGAUGUAUUUGUAUUUACUGCAAAUGUUACUCUGCAGGCAGACUGCCCACUUCAGCAUUACCUAUUCAAUCCUAUAAUCUUUUUUUUGUGUGUCACAUUCAGUAUCGCUGUACUUGCUAAUAGGGAAAAGUGUUUAUUGUUAAUUGGACAAGUGUGUAGUAUUUUAUUGCAUUCACAUAUUAACCAGGUGUCUGUGAUCUCAAAUAUAAGACAUUAGGCAAUUGCCUAUAAAUUCUUCCAAGUCAAAGGUUGUUGGUCUACUAUUUGGUGGCACUGUAUAAAGUGCCAUAUUUACUGGACAUAAAGGGUUUCUAUAGUUAUACUCUAAACACUAAAACAGUCCUAUUUGAACUGAAAGAAUUCUCCCUAGGACUAUCUAUGCCUACAAACAAGGUCGGACUGGCGCAUUGGGGGCCCAGCGGGGCUGGCAGUAACUGGCCCCCUCCCAACCUCGAAACUCCAGGGCCUGCCAGCGAAUGCGUGAACACGGGAAAGAUGCUCCGCAUGCAUGCAAUGCGUCCGACGGCAGCCAAUGGGCCAGCUGAUCGGGGAACAGGUCUGAUCCUGCCUACAAAUACUUGAAUUAGUCCACCUAUUUAUUUGUAGACUUGGGAAGAACUGGGGAAGGUCAUGCCUGGAAGAGUAGAUUGAUUAAGUCCAACCUAAGGCUGAUUACCUCUGUAAUAUUGCCUCAACCAGUGCCUUCUACAGCCAUUCAGCAUCACGCUUCUGUAAAAUCUCAGCUCAUCAUGGCAGCUAGCAAAUGCCCCUCAAAGAGCUACACAUGUGGGCCCAAGUGGGCUAAUGUAACUUGUAGAGUUUCAGGAAGCAAUAAAUAUUAUGCAGAGCGCUUCAUCAGAAAAUACUAGGGCUGAGAUAAGUAUCCCCAUAUCUCCAUUAUGGGGUUAAGUUAGACAACACCCCUGUAAUUGGGAAGAUUGCCUGCUGUGUUUGUUUUCACUUGUGGAAAAGAAUGGUGAAUUUUUGCAGCACUGACCUCUAAAAUUCAAAGUGCCCCUUAUGUUCCAUGUAAAACAGAUCUUACAACCUUAGUAGGUUUGCAAAAUGAAGGCAAAGCUGUCAGGAUAAACAAGCGAGAAUAAAAGUAAUGGUAGUUUUGCCUCUGCACUUUCCCAGCUUAAUCAGAAAGCCAUACUUAGCCAUCUGAAAGAAUGCGUGCCCUGCUCUAUGGAGCCAGUCAUUGAAGGAGAAAUAUUUGCCCAUUACAUAUAUUUCUUGCCCGCUGAUCCAGACAACUGUGAAUUACAUAAAUCACCUUAACUGCCGGUAGUGGAAACAGUAAUGAUUCAUCUUUGGUUUGUUUCACACUUCAUGCAGUACAUUCAGUUUCAAGGCUGACUGAGUUGAGAAUAGGUCCAAAGCAACAAAAACUUGCUCUAUGUUUCCCUUAAAAAACAAUGAAUUGCAUAAGGCUGCUUAUCACUGCUUCAGUACUAAAACAAAUGUAUUCUAAAUAUUUAGAUGUACACAACUCAGCAUGUUUAUCAACACACAGUGAACCUUAAAGCCCUACACAACUCAGCAUGGCUACCACCACACAGUGAACCCUAAAGCCUUUCACAACUCAGCAUGAUUCCGUUACACAGUGAACCCAAAAAUUAUAUAAACUGCUUCUGAAACAAAGAUACAUUACAGGAUAAUUGUGCAUUAUUUUAAAUGUGUAAUAUAUGACCCACAUUAUUAAGACAACUGCUGGUCCAAUAUCUCACUGCAGAACCAGGGGCAAUAAUUUGAAAGUGGCUGCUAUAACCACCUUCCUUCUGGGAAGAUGUUGCACUAGACGUUGGAACAUUGUUGGCGGAUUGACUUCAGCCACAAUAAGUUUGGGAACUUUACAAUAUGGCAGCUAACAUUGCGUCUCGUGAUGAUAGCCUUGGGGGUGGCUUGUCAAUGAGUUCAACUCUUAACAAAUAGCUCUUGGGCUGAUGUUGCUUCCAGAGACAGUUUGGAACUCAGCAGUGAAUGUUCCAAGGUUGCAUAAGCCAAAGUUUUAAGACUUUAAAAUUUGGCCACAUAUUCCAAAAGAUUCUUUGUUGAACUUUUACCUUUAAAUCUUUUAUUUUCUGUUUCCUCCCCCAUUUUAUUACCCACAGUAUUAAUGAAGUUUGGUCAAGCACUGUCUUACAUAUGAGAUCUGUGGGAUGAAUGCAUUUUGCAACAAAAUAUACAUGGCAGUAGCUGAGGGUGGUGGAAUAGAGGGCGUGUUAUACAAAAGAUACACAUGUCAUAUGUUUGAGGAACAUACAGUGGUUGACAAUUGAAGUCUGAAGUCCUAAAUCUCCCUUUUUUAUUGUUAUAUUACAAAUGUGAACAAAUAAAUAUGCUUUUUACAGUGAA